AUGCUCCAGCCAUCAGAUCCUGCUGAAACAAGAGGCCCUGCUGUAGUGAGAGGUCAGUCUCCAGCACCAGCUCCUGUUAUACCACCAGAGGUCACUGGUGGAGAUCCCCUGGACGUGCCGGAGCUGCUUGCUGAGGAGCCAGCUCGUGAGGAGGCUGAUCCGACUGCGGUUAAUCCACUGGCCCCCCCACCGCCUGCUGUGCUUGAGGGACCCGAUGAGCUGAUACCCCAGCGCCCUCAACGAGAGAGACACCCGCCGAGCCGAAUGACCUACGACCAUCUGGGAACACCAUCCUGCUACACCAUCCAGCCUGCGCCACAAUUGAUUCCUGUGUAUCCAGGUCUGAUCCCGUGGUUUUCAGCUCUACAGCCAUACUACCCACAACCAUUCGGUAUGUAUGGACUACAACAGGUGUAA